CUGCUCGUUUCGCUGUGAGAGACAUUACCCAGAAUUCAGCGGGAGCGGCUGGCUGCCAGGUAGAUCGCGGUGCAUUGCGGGGGGAGAGAGGAGAAGUGUGCGGCGCUGUACAGGUGACUUGAGGGAGGCCGCUCUGGGCUGAGUGUGUCGGGACUACACCAUGAACAGCAUCAAGAACGUUCCGUCCCGGGUGCUGAGCCGGCGCAGCGGAGGCUUGGAGGCGGAGAGGGAGCAGUUUGACAGGAACCAGGCCGUCAGCAUCAGCAAGGCUAUCAAUGCUCAGGAAGCUCCAGUAAAAGAGAAACAUGCCCGGCGGAUUAUUCUGGGAACCCACCAUGAGAAAGGGGCAUUUACUUUCUGGUCAUAUGCCAUUGGCCUGCCGUUGCCCAGCAGCUCUAUCCUGAGUUGGAAGUUCUGUCACGUCCUUCAUAAAGUGCUUCGAGAUGGUCAUCAGAAUGUUCUAGCAGACUGUCAGCGAUACCGAAGUAAUAUCCGAGAGAUUGGAGAUUUAUGGGGACAUUUACAUGAUCGAUAUGGACAACUUGUAAUUCUUUAUACAAAACUGCUGCUUUAUAAGAUUAGCUUUCACACAAAGCAUCCGGAGUUCCCUCCAAACCUGGAAGUGACAGAUGAUGUUCUUGAAAAAGCAGCUGGCACAGAUGUCAACAACAUAUUCCAGCUAACAGUAGAAAUGUUUGAUUAUAUGGACUGUGAGCUUAAACUUGCUGAGGCUGUUAUCAGACAGCUGAACAGUGCCAUUGCGGUCUCCCAGAUGGCAUCCGGACAAUGUAAGCUGGCUCCUCUUAUACAGGUGAUUCAGGACUGCAGUCAUCUUUAUCACUACACCGUCAAGUUGAUGUUCAAGUUGCAUUCAUGUCUGCCUCCAGAUACUUUACAGGGGCACAGAGACAGAUUUCAUGAGCAAUUCCACAGCUUGAAAAACUUCUUCAAACGAGCAUCUGACAUGUUAUACUUCAAACGACUUAUUCAGAUACCACGCCUUCCUGAUAACCCACCCAACUUUUUGAGAGCCUCAGCAAUAGAAGAACACGUGAAGCCUGUGGUAGUAAUGGCCAAUGAAGUUCCAGAGGAGGAAGAACCACCACAAACCGAAUCUCUGAUUGAGAUCAGCAAUGCCCAGCCAGUGGAACAGCAGGUUGUAGAAGACAUCUUUCAACAAACUUUUGGGCCCCCGAAUGGUCUUGUGAUAGAUGACAGGGACCUUCAGAUAGAAAAUCUUAAAAAAGAAAUUGAACUGCUUCGUUCAGAAUUGGAAAAAAUGAAACUGGAGGCCCAGAAAUACAUCAUGCAGCUGAAAGGUCAAAUAAACACUUUGGAAGCUGAGGUGGAAGAGCAGCGGAAGCAAAAGCAGAAAGCCUUGGUGGACAAUGAGCAGCUGCGGGAUGAGCUGGAGAAACUACGGAAACUGAAGCAAGAGAGCGACAAAACCCAAGGACUGCAUGUAGAAAUGGAAAAGAAGGUACAAGCAACAGAAGUACGCUACAACAAAUUAAAGGAGAAGCACAACGAGCUCAUUAAUGUCCACGCAGGACUCCUAAGAAAGAAUGCCGACACCGCCAAGCAGUUAACGGUAUCGCAGCAAAACCAGGAGGAGGUGGCGGGUAUUAAAGAACAGCUGGAGUUUCAGAUGGAUCAAGUAAAGCGAGAAUCUGAAAUAAAGUUGGAAGAACAAACUUUUCAGAUUGAACAGCUGAAAACUGAGGUUGAAUCAAGAAAGGAAGAGCUGACAAGAUUGCAGGAGUCUCUGGGAAGUAGUCAACAGUCUGAAUCUCACUUGAUGUCAAAAUUGGCAGCUCUUGAAGCUGAGAAGGAUUCAUUGCACAGUCUUCUGACCUCUAAAGAGUCUGAACUGCUAUCAGUCAAGAAUGUGGCUCAGGAGACAGAGUCAUUAUUUAGCGAAGAGCAGGAGAAAAGAGCAAGCGAAAUACGAGACUUGCAUGAAAAACUUGACAAAAAGACUGUUGAUGAGCAGAAACUGUACCAGAAAAUGUUGGAGGACCAGUUCAAAAUAAUUCAGGGAACAGUAAAAGAGGCUGAGAAUAUCAUUCAAGAUGCUGUGGCUAAGCUUGAUGACCCUCUUCAUAUCCGCUGCACCAGUUCACCAGACUACCUUGUGAACAGAUCCCAAGCUGCUCUAGAGUCAUUAUCUUCCUUGGAAAAUGGACAUGCUAAAUAUGUACAGAAUAUGACAGAUGCCUCAGAUUUAGUUGGAGCUCUUGCACAAUUUGCCCAUUUAACUGCAGACACCAUUGUAAAUGGCAGCGCUACCUCACACUUGGCUCCACCAGACCAUGGAGACCGGCUGAAUGACAGCUGCCGGGAGUGUGGAAAUCAGAGUUUACAGUAUCUGAAAGAGUUGAAAGACAAACAGUCCUUAAAAGAAGCAGAGCUGGGGGAAGUUAGAAGGACAUUACAGAAUAUACUUGGACUGGGAGAGGAAUUGAGGCCAAAGGGCUUGGAUAUCAGGCAGGAAGAGCUGGGUGACAUGGUGGAUAAGGAGAUGGCAUCUACUUAUGCUGCCAUUGAAGAUGCUGUUCGAAGAAUUGAGGAAAUGAUGAACCAAGCUCGGAAAGACAGUUCUGGAGUCAAGCUAGAAGUAAAUGAAAGGAUCCUCAACUCAUGUACAGACCUGAUGAAGGCCAUUCGACUGCUCGUGAUAACCUCUACCGAUCUGCAAAAGGAGAUUGUGGAGAGUGGAAGGGGAGGAGCAACAACACAGGAAUUUUAUGCCAAGAACUCGCGCUGGACAGAAGGACUAAUAUCUGCAUCAAAGGCUGUGGGAUGGGGUGCCACCCAGCUAGUGGAAUCCGCAGACAAUGUUGUUCUUCGUAAAGGCAAAUUUGAAGAACUUAUUGUUGGAUCCCAUGAAAUUGCUGCCAGUACAGCACAGCUGGUGGCUGCAUCCAAGGUGAAGGCAGAUGGAAACAGCAAGAACCUGUCUAAACUGCAGCAGUGCUCCCGCCAUGUGAAUGAGAUGGCAGCCAAUGUGAUGGCCUCAACAAAGUCAGGCCAAGAACAGAUUGAAGAUAAAGAUACCAUGGACUUCUCUGGAAUGUCUCUAAUUAAGCUAAAGAAAGAAGAAAUGGAAACCCAGGUUAAAGUCCUUGAGUUGGAAAACAUGCUGCAGAAUGAAAGGAUACGACUUGGGGAGUUGAGGAGGAAGCACUAUGCCCUGGCAGGAGUGUAUGAUGAUACAGAUGAAGCAGUAAAACCCACACAGAAACCUGGAAUUCUGAAGAAGCCUCAACUGCCACAGAAACCCAACAUUCCGCCCAAGGGAGAUUACAAGAUUGAUAAGGAUGAUGGCGUCUAUCAAGCAAACCUCAUAAACUUCUAGCCUGAUACUGUACGGAGACGAGAUGUGCAUUUUCUGCUCACCACGCAGUGUGAACAUCAUCACAUGAUCCCUGGAAUGUGCAGGAAAUACUGUACUGCUGGCACUUUCUAGCCAUUACAUCUGUGUUCUAUACAGAUAGUCGCUCUGGGUGGUUGGGUUUGCUUCUUCCCCACUCAGCUGUUUAUUUAUAUUAGAAAGAAGAGCAAUGUUUUAUUUAGUUUUAUUUUAUUGUAGUGUUUUACAUGUUCUUAAAGAGAGACAGUCAAGAUCGGGCUUAAGAGAAAAUAUAGACAAGCCUUAAAUUAUCAUUGUUCAAGAAUUAUACAGUACUUGCCCCCUUAUUUACCUUCUCUUAUGUUGUCCCUCUCUUCAGCUUACAUUAGGGGGUCAAUGUUUGUCAGUUCUUGCCGCUCAGCUAACUGAUCUCCAUUGUUUCCAAGCUCCAGCAUCCUGUGUGUUAGGUCAUGCAGCUGACAGCCAACAGCCAGACAUAAUGUGACCUUGCACCUCGGGCUCUGAAGCCAAAUUAUCAGAGUUAAAGUAAGUAAAGUGUAAAUAAGGAGGCAAAUAGAAAUCCUUCAUGACUAUUUCUAUGCUAUAACGGCUAAAGACUGAAUAUUCCGAUUUUCUUAAGCCCAGCUGUGAUUGUUUCUCUUUAUAAGCUGGCCUUAGGCCAGCUAGAGCUUCCUUGGUUCUGAUAUGUUAUGAGUAGCAAUUUUUAACCAAUAACUGGGUAGCACAAGGCCUUCCUAAACAAUAUGUUCAGUUUAUAUCCAAUAGGGUUGCCCUCAGAUUACAUAAUUAAUGUUAAGUUUUGCUUAUCUAACAGGUUAAAUUUAGGAAAAAUAUCUGGUAAUUAGUCAGCUUUAGGACAGCAGCAUGAGCCAUCAAUUUCCGUUUUAAUGCAUCAAGCUUGGCCCAGCCAUUGUUUUUGCAGUGAUCAGCCUGUAGAAAGGAAGGUGCAGGACUAUGUGACAAAUUGGAAAUUCCAAGAGCUGGCAAUGGUAUGGGGUAUACGCAAAGACCUAUUCAACCACAACCUCUGUUGUGAAUCAACAAAGAAUCCUAAUGUGAGCUGUAAAGUUACAAAAUAGAGACUACUAUUAUGUGUAGAUGUUUAAAAUCAAAUGACUGUAUGUAUAUAUAAAAAAAAUCUUACUUUUAAUUGAUUUUAUUUUGCAUUAUGAGUGGUGGAGACAGAGAACAAUGCAAUACCACCAGUGAUUGGCAGCUCCACCAAUUAAGUUUUCCAGUUCCUAGUCUUCCACUGCUUCUAGAAUGCAUUGCAAUCACUUCUGAUGGCUGUAACUGUAAGGAUAAAAUAUUUUUCUAGUACGACACGUUUGAUCUACAAUGUUCUGUCUUGCCUUUUUUGUUUGUAAUCUUUUGUUUUCGCAGCUUUCAAAAGGGGAGAGUGUAAUACUUACAUUUUAUUUAUUUACCUAGACAUUUUCUAUUCUGAACUGAGUACACUUUCUACUUUUAUUUAAAUCCAAGAGACAGUGACUUCAUUCUCAAGAUUUCAAUGCACGUGAUCUUUUUAUAUAACUUUUUAUGCUACAUAAAGAAUCGCACAAGGGCACAACUUCAUGGCUAUUAAUCUCACCAGACAAGUUCUUUUUACUUUUUAGGUAUACAGACAGAGCAGAAUGUAUUUUAGUGCUUCAUUUUGGUCUUUUGUUGAAGUAUUGCCUUUUUAAUUGCCCACUAGGACAUAGAUUUAUCAUGUUUUCAUGCAUCAGCUUUGUUCUGUGUUGCAUAUAUCUUGGGUUUUGUAUCUUUGUAAAUGUAAAAAAAAAGCAAUAAAAUGAUGUGAAUAGCUUUAAA